GCUCUGAAUGCUUACAUGAGUUAUCGACAGGAGACGAUGACUCUGGCACGCCUGAGACACCCAUGUCUGAUAUCUCUUAUUGGUGCUUAUGUACUUUCUCUAUCUUACGUGAUGGAAUUAUCUCCCCUAGGAUCGUUAAGAUCUGUUAUUGAUGAA